AUGGCUCAAGAAGUGCGCGUCUGCGUCUGUGGCGACGAGGGCACGGGCAAGUCCAGCCUGAUCGCUUCUCUGGUCAAGGACGUGUUCAUCACAAACAAGAUCCAGGCCGUGCUGCCACAGAUUGCGAUUCCGCCCAACAUCGGCACGCCCGAGAACGUGACGACGACGAUUGUGGACACGUCCGCGCGGCCGCAGGACCGGACAGCCCUGCGCAAAGAGAUCCGCAAGUGCAACGUGAUUCUGCUGGUGUAUGCAGACCACUACAGCUACGAGCGGGUGGCACUCUUCUGGAUGCCCUACUUCCGCUCCCUCGGCGUUAAUGUCCCCGUGGUGCUGUGUGCAAACAAGUCGGACCUGGCAGGGCCAGGGGAUGGCGGAGGCGGAGGCGGAGGCGGACGGCCUGGCAGUCCCGGGCGGCCCGGCAGUCCUGGAAGUCCCGGCAGCGGCGACGAUGCGACGUUGGCACAGGUGCUGGACGAGGAGAUGGUGCCGGUGAUGCAGGAGUUUCGCGAGAUCGACUCGUGCAUCCGGGCCAGCGCGCGCAAGCACCACAACGUCAACGAGGUCUUCUUCCUGUGCCAAAAAGCAGUGACGCACCCAAUUGCACCGCUGUUUGACUACAAGGAGGGCGACCUGAAGCCAGCCUGUGUGGCAGCGCUGCGGCGCAUCUUUUAUCUCUGCGACAAGGACCAGGACGGCUUUCUCAACGACCGCGAGAUGCAUGCGUUCCAGGAGACGACAUUCAACCGGCCGCUGGCCCCUGAGGACCUGGCUAGCAUCAAGCUGACGCUGGCCAAGACGGCUCGCAGUGGCGCCAACAAUGGCAGCAGCAGCAACAACAGCACGGCUGCUUCCCAUCGGCCACCAUCCAGCCUCGGCCCGGCCGCAGCACAGCCGCCGCUCGACCGCGGCAUCGACCUGGCCGGCUUCCUGCAGCUGAACCGGAUCUACGCAGAAAAGGGCCGCCACGAGACGAUCUGGGUGAUCCUGCGCAAGUUUCGCUACACCGACAGCCUCAGCCUGGCCGACAACUUUCUGCACCCGCGCUUCGAGGUGCCCGAGUACGCGUCGGCCGAGCUGAGCCCAGCAGGCUACCGGUUCUUCAUGGACCUGUUCCUGCUGUUCGACCAGGACAACGACGGGGGGCUGAACGACGCGGAGCUGGCGGCACUGUUUGCGCCAACACCCGGGCUGCCAGGCUCGUGGAUCGAGGAGGGCUUCCCGGCGUCGACGGUGCGCAACGAGGCCGGCUACAUCACGCUGCAGGGCUGGCUGGCGCAGUGGAGCAUGACGACGUUCCUGGAGCCGAAGACGACGCUGGAGUAUCUGGCCUACCUCGGCUUUGAGGCACCAGCAGGGGCCAAAGAGGCGGCGAGCCCAACGACGGCGGCGCUCAAGGUGACGCGGCCCCGGAAGCGACGGCUGCGGCGGACAGGCCGAGCCGGACGUGUGGACCGCAACGUAGUGCUGUGCUACAUUGUGGGAGCGCCGGGUGCCGGCAAGUCGGCGCUGCUGGACGCGUUCCUGGGUCGGCCGUUUGAUGGGCUGCACCGGCCGACGAUCCGGCCGCGUCGGGCGGUCAACAGCGUCGAGCUGGAGGGGGGCAAGCAGUGCUACCUGAUCCUGGAAGAGCUGGGCGAGCUGGAGCCGGCGGUGCUGGAGAACGCGGCCCGGCUGGACGCCUGCGACCUGCUCUGUCUGGCGUACGACUCGUCCGACCCGGACUCGUUUGGCCACCUGGUGGCGCUGCGGGAGCGCGAGCAUGGUGGUGGCAGCAGCGGUGGCGACAACGGACUGCAUGGCCGACGAAUCCUCCUGGACGAGCUGCCGACGGUGUAUGCGGCGCUCAAGGCGGACCGCGACAAGACGACGCAGCGCAGCCCGCUGCAGCCGGACGCGUACACGGCGGCGCUGCGGGUCAGCGCGCCGCUGCACGUCAGCGCGACCUGGGAGAGCAUCGGCGAGCUGUUUGAGCACCUGGCCGAAGUGGCGACGAAUCCCAGCCUCGGCUUCCCCAAAGGUGAGGAGCCGGCGGCCGACCGGACGAGCCUGUACGUGGCGCUGGGAGCAGUGGCCUGCGCAGCGGCAGCGGCAUUUAUGAUACCGGCGAUACUGCCGAGGACACAGACAAAGCAGAGCACAGCAGCCAUGUUCGUCCUUCCGCCCCCGCCGCGCUAUCCGGUGCAGAUGAUGUAUGGCGGCAUGUAUCCGGGCGGCCAGGCGAUGCCGAUGGUCGAGACCAACAACACGCUGACCCAUCCGACGGGCCCUGACUGCCGCUUCCUCGUCGGCGAGGGUCUUUAUGUUUUGCAGGAGGACCUCUUGCUGGCCACACCGCCGCCUCAUCCGUCCGAGUCGCCCGUGGUGAACAUCAACCCGCUCGCCACCACGCCGCUUCCCGCUACAGCUGGCACCCGCGUCUCUCUCACCAGCAUCGUUGACCCGCCGUCUCCGCCGGCCCUCUCGCUCCUGCUGGCCAGCUCAGCCGCAACAGCAGCAGCAGCAGCAGAUCCAUCUCCGGCCGCUGCCUUCUCCCCCGUCGAGGAGCACCCGACCGAGAACGACUCGGCCGGGGCGGCUGCCACCGGGAGCAGCAGCCAGCACACCGACUCGGCCACCACCGGCCGGCUCAGCUUCAGCUUUCACACCUCCAGCGACUCGGCCCUGCCAGGACAGACCACUACAGAUUCUCCGGCCCCUCCUCCCACCACAACGGCUACCGCCACUGCUGUCGGCCUCGUCGUGGCUGGUCUCGGCGGCGUCACCCCUCGGCCGGUCGGUGGCAAGCUGCGCAAGCCCAAGAACAACGUGACCAAGAGCAACUCGUCCUUCAUCUCGCGCGUCAUCGUGCACGACGGCCUCACUAAGCGGUUGCAGGAACGGCCGCCCGACGGCCUCUUCGGCUUUGCCAAUGUCAACCGCGCCUUCCAGUGGCUCGACCUCGCGUCCGACAAGAAGGGCGACUACCUCACCAAGAUCCUGUUCACAAAGGCUCACUGCCUGUGCCACGAUAUCAAUAUGCUGACUAAGUCCACGUCGCACAUUGACGUAAUCAUGGGCUUCUCUACGGGCGAGAUCAUCUGGUGGGAGCCCAUCUCCCAGCGGUACACGCGACUGAACAAGAACGGCAUCAUUCGCGGCACGCCCGUAUCGGAGAUCCGCUGGGUGCCCGGGUCCGAGAACCUGUUCAUGGCCGCCUUUAUGGACGGCUCGCUCGUCGUCUUCGACAAGGAGAAGGAGGACGCCGCUUUUGCCGUGGACGAGGAAGAGGCCACGCGGCAGCGGGCGUCGCACCAGCACGACGCCCGUACGCACAUCCAAGUCGAGCGGUCCAUCCACUCGCGCGGCCACAAGGCGAACCCGGUAGCCUUUUGGAAGCUGUCCAACCAGCGGAUCAACGCGUUUGCCUUUGCGCCGGGCCAGAGCCUGCUGGCCGUGGUGUCGGAGGACGGCUCGCUGCGCAUCAUUGACUAUCUUCGGGAAGAACUGCUCGGCCUCUUCUACUCAUACUACGGUGGCCUUACGUGCGUCUGCUGGUCCCCCGACGACAAGUACGUCGUUACUGGCGGCCAGGACGACCUGUUGUCCAUCUGGAGCGUUGCCGACGCCUCGCUCGCUGCCCGCUGUCAGGGCCACCACUCGUGGGUCACCUCGGUCGCCUUUGACCCCUGGCGCUGCGACGAGCGCAACUACCGCUUCGGCAGCGUCGGCGAGGACUGCCGCCUCUGUCUCUGGGACUUUAGCAUGGGUAUGCUGAUCCGCCCCAAGGCUGCCGCCGCCGCUGCUGCUGCUGCUGCUGCUGUCUAUGCGUCGUCCAUCCGCUACGCGCGCAAGGGAUCCGUGGCUUCUCGGCACCUCCGGGCAACGUCGUCCGGUGCUGGCGAGAAUGGCGACGGCGCGGAUGCGGAGGCUGAUGCAGAGGCCGAUGCAGACGGAGAUGCAGGUGCAGACAUGGACGAGCGCGUUCAUCUCGUGGAGCCGCGAGCACGCACUGCAUUGCUGCCACCAGUCUGCUCCCAGGUGGUCAGCAAGGAGCCGCUCUGUUGGCUUGGAUUCACGGAGAAGUCUGUUUUGACAGCCAACAAGAAAGGUCACAUUCGGACGUGGAUGAGGCCAACAGACAACACGGCACAGACGGACGAGGGAGCGUCGAGUUAG